AUAUUCAUAGUCAGAAAAAUUCGAGAAAAAUAAAAAUGGUGGCCGAGUGAAAAAAUAUGGGUUUUCUCCGAAAAAUAUAGAUUUUUGAUAAGGAAAAUUAACUAAAAAUGAGUAAAAUUAGUUGGAGUCGCUUUCCAACCGAUCCUGUGGUCAUAAUUAGUAUAAUUUUGUCGGUUUUAUGCUGGAUACAGGCAACAAAUGCUCAGUUGCACAAAAAUCUGCGGCACUACGAAACACUACAUGUCGACGAUCUGACACACCGGAUCACGAAACGGGGAGCUAAACACAGCAGUCAUCCGUUCAAUACCAUCAAGGAAGUGGAGUUCCGAGCUCUAGGGCGUAAUUUUCGAUUGAUUCUUCACCCGCACAAGGAUGUGCUGCACAGCAAUUUUCACGCAUAUUCGGUAGAUGGCAGCGGUGCAGAGUCGGUGAUACACCUGGAUCGUGACAAUUUUUUCAAGGGUCGAGUAUUUGGAGAGACGAACUCACAGGUAAAUGCUCACCUGGAGGACGGGCUACUGACGGCUUCAGUUGUACUGCCCGAUGAAACGUACCACAUUGAACCGUCGUGGAGACAUUUGAACGAUUUGAGUAACAGGCAUAUGAUUGCCUACAAAUCGUCCGACAUCAAGUUCAGUUGGGACGAUAUAGAUGCCGUUGAUGGCGAAAUGGGCGGGGUGCCGAAAACGUGCGGGUACGUGAAGGAAGGUCUAGAACUGGAGCAGGACGAUGAAGAUGGCGGCGGUACGGAUGGGUAUCGAUCCGAGUCGGAGUUUGAAACACUGGUGCCAUCAAUGUGGACAGCAACCGAACCGACGAAUGGAAAAAAGCUUCGACGGAAGCGUCAGGCCGAUCAGUACGAGUAUACGCCCACGAAAACACGAUGCCCACUGCUGUUGGUAGCCGACUAUAGGUUCUUUCAGGAAAUGGGUGGCAGUAACACAAAAACCACUAUAAAUUAUUUGAUCAGUCUUAUCGAUCGAGUUCAUAAGAUAUACAAUGACACUAUCUGGCAAGAUCGUUCCGACCAGGAGGGCUUCAAAGGAAUGGGAUUUGUUAUAAAGAAAAUCGUGGUACAUUCGGAACCCACCCGAGUGAGGGGAGGCGAAGCGCAUUACAAUAUGGUUCGUGAAAAGUGGGAUGUUCGCAAUUUACUGGAGGUAUUCUCCCGAGAGUACAGUCACAAAGACUUUUGUCUCGCGCAUCUUUUCACCGAUCUUAAAUUCGAGGGUGGUAUUCUUGGGUUAGCCUAUGUCGGGUCACCUCGACGUAACUCCGUCGGUGGUAUCUGUACACCAGAGUACUUCAAAAACGGUUACACUCUAUAUUUGAACUCAGGAUUGAGCAGUUCUCGGAACCACUACGGCCAACGAGUAAUCACUCGUGAAGCGGAUCUGGUGACGGCUCACGAGUUCGGCCAUAACUGGGGAUCCGAACAUGAUCCGGACAUUCCCGAGUGUUCGCCGAGUGCCUCCCAAGGCGGUAGCUUCCUGAUGUACACGUACUCCGUUAGUGGAUAUGAUGUGAACAAUAAAAAGUUUUCCCCGUGUUCGCUGCGAUCGAUUCGCAAGGUUCUGCAGGCAAAAUCGGGACGAUGCUUUUCCGAACCGGAAGAAUCUUUCUGCGGAAAUCUGCGCGUUGAAGGUGACGAACAGUGCGAUGCGGGUUUGCUGGGGACGGAAGAUAACGACGCGUGCUGCGAUAAAAACUGCAAACUUCGACGUAAUCAAGGGGCGGUCUGCAGCGAUAAAAAUUCACCGUGCUGUCAGAACUGUCAGUAUAUGAUGGCCGGAGUAAAGUGCCGAGAAGCUCAGUAUGCCACGUGUGAGCAAGAGGCACGCUGCACCGGAAAUCAUGCGGAUUGUCCCAAGAGCCCACCGAUGGGUGACGGAACUAUGUGCCAAGAGCGGGGACAAUGUCGCAACGGGAAAUGCGUACCGUAUUGUGAAACACAAGGGCUGCAGAGCUGUAUGUGUGACACCAUGGCGGACGCUUGUAAGCGUUGCUGCCGGCAGAGUAUCAACGAAACGUGCUUCCCGGUAGAACCUCCCGAUGUGCUACCCGAUGGAACGCCAUGCAUCCAAGGGUUUUGCAACAAGGGGAUGUGCGAGAAAACAAUUCAGGACGUGGUAGAACGUUUCUGGGAUAUAAUAGAGGAAAUCAAUAUCAACAAAGUGCUGCGGUUUCUACGGGAUAACAUAGUCAUGGCAGUCGUAAUGCUGACAGCUUUGUUUUGGAUUCCAGUAAGCUGUAUAAUAUCUUAUUUUGAUCGCAAAAAACGAAAGGAAGAUUGGAAAGAGUACGAAUGGAGCCAAAAGCUAGAUCUCAUUCAUCCUAGUGAUCGUAGACGAGUGAUUCAUAUAAGAGUUCCCCGACAAAAAAUCACCGUUGCUCGAAUGUAAACAUUAAGUUGUUCCAAUCGGAAAUGAUUCCAUCACAUACGCAUCACAAAUAAAAACGAUCGAAACCAAUUUUACUUCACGCAAAAAAA